ACGAAAAAAGUUGCGCAGCGUCUGCCACUGGUUUUCGGUAUUCGACGGGCCAAAAAAAUAUCUGUCCGGGGGCUCGUGUCCCCAGGAUACCUUGUGCGCGUGUUCGCCGGUGUGUGUGAUUUUUUUCUUGGGGCGAAGGAGUCGUCAUGUCCAGUUCGGGUGAUUUCGGCAACCCUCUGCGAAAGUUCAAGCUUGUGUUCCUGGGAGAACAGAGCGUUGGGAAAACUUCCCUCAUUACACGUUUCAUGUAUGACAGCUUUGAUAACACAUACCAGGCCACAAUAGGCAUAGACUUUUUGUCCAAGACCAUGUACCUAGAAGACCGCACAGUCCGUCUACAGCUGUGGGACACAGCAGGUCAAGAGCGAUUUAGGAGCCUCAUUCCAAGUUAUAUCAGGGAUUCUACAGUUGCUGUAGUUGUUUAUGACAUAACCAAUGCCAACUCAUUUCAUCAAACAUCCAAGUGGAUAGAUGAUGUGCGAACGGAAAGGGGGAAUGAUGUCAUAAUCAUGCUUGUUGGCAACAAGACUGACCUCUCUGACAAGAGGCAAGUGACGACAGAGGAGGGUGAGAGGAAGGCAAAAGAGCUCAAUGUUAUGUUCAUAGAAACCAGUGCAAAGUCUGGCUACAAUGUCAAGCAGCUCUUCAGACGUGUGGCAGCUGCCCUACCAGGAAUGGAGAACACGGAACGAACGAAAGAAGACACUGUUCCGCUGAAGCCCCAAGAACCGCCAAAGGUGAUGAAGGACGAAGAAGGCAGCUGCAUCUGCUAGAAAACGAGACAUAGGCUUUGUCCAAGAAGCUGCAGCCGUUGCUUUAUUUCCAUAUCUUGUCGCUCCUCACUGCUGCCACAGCUGCUGCUGCUGCUGCUGCUGCUACACAUGCAGACAAAGCUUUUUAUGUUCCUUAGGAAAUCGAGCUUGCAGCAGAGUUGCAUGGUUCAGGGCGCGAAGAGUUGUUUGUGGGGAGACGGAUGAGAGCUACUAAGUAUCCUGUGGCUUAUGAAGUUUGCAGACCAAGUAAGAUGGCUUGUGCUGCAAGUUGUAAGGAGUACUGACAUGAACUUCUUGUUUUUUCCCCCCCUUAAAUCCAGGUUUAGUUUCCUCUAAGCAUUAGAAGAUGCACUGGAAAGUGCCAAAGCACAUUAGAUAAUUUAUUACGUAAUACUUGUUCUUAUGAAUUAGCUUCAGUUAUGGUACCAAGGAGGUGGAUGCACUGGCUCACUUUGUUUGUGUGAUCGCUGCGGCUGCCGCAUGCAAGUGCAGCCCACAAGUAUCGUGCGCAGAACGCACGUUUGUUUUCUGUCAGCAACAUCAUCAUGCCCAAACUUUCCGCCACUGCAAGCCAGCAAAUUUUGCUCCGUCAUGAUAACUGUAGGGAGUUUUCGCUCGUAAGUAUUAGCACUUGGAGAGAUGCACGGCAGCAACAAUACUGGUAGCAACAUCUUGCAUCGCAUAGUUUAACCAGAGCUCGCAAAGCUUAUACUGCAGUGACCUAUGAUCCUGCUUAACUGCAGGAUUAAAUCAUUAGUAGUGACAUAAUGAACGUGCAGUGCUAUUGUGAUUUUUCAUUAAAAUUUUUCAAGUGCAUUGUAGUUCGAUAGUGUCACCAGAUGUCGCUACCACCUUUGCUGCCUGGCUUCUGUAAUUCAUGAAUGGUGAGAAGUUUAUGGACAAGCUAAAAUUCUAAUGACAUCUGACAGUUUGAGACAACUUUAUGAAAUUAAAUUAUCUUAAGUUUUUUGCAACCUUCAAGUACUUGCCAAGUGUGAUCCUUUUACAUGGCAAGGAGUAUGUGCUAGUCUCUCUAACUUUAAAAGUACAUGUCGGUACUCUUUAAAAUUGGUUUAAUGCAUUUGCAGUGUUGUGUGGUGAAACAUUUUUUCCCCCCCCACUAAGUGUGCAUUCAGCAGCUUUCUGCUGCCACUGAUCAGAUUGCAUUGCUUUUGCUAGGAGUGCAAGGCGAGCUCACAAUUUGGAUGCACUAGUUAGCUUUGCUUGUGCAUCAGAGUCUGAUAAGAGCAGUUAAUGGACUGCACUGUUGAGUAGCCAUUGCAGACUUUCAUAGUUGAAAGCAAUAGAGGCUUGUAUGUUGCAAACUGCUUAAAAUGAAGGUGGAAAAACAGUUCCGGGGAAAUUGUUUCUUUGGGCUUUUGCACUAGUGUAUUUUACGCUUAUGCAAGGUUUCUUUUUUUUUUUUGUCACUUAAUUGAACUGAAUAGUGCAAGCAGCAGUGUUGAUGACAAGGCAUGUGCACUUUCUCACAUUUUGAGCAUUUAUAUUUAAAAAGAAAAGGUUUGCUUUGCCAUAAUAUAAUAGAGGGAAGGCACACAUCCAAGUGCAUUUAACUUUAAAAGGAACUCGAAACACGUUCUCAUCAUAAUUGAAAAUGCACAUUAGUGAUUCCAAUGCCUUCCAAGGAAUAUACUAUUCCCGCAUAAAUGCUCGAAAGCAACCUAAUUAUAAAUGGUUAUAUAAUGAACGCAGUGCUUACUUCUUACCCUGUCCCUCUUCAAACACAUUUCCUCUCGGCUGGUGCGACGCUGAUAGCAAUGUUGUUCCUAUUGCUCCUUUUUCUUCUUUCGGCAGUCAAAAGUGCCGAAGAGUGACAAAGAAGCGGUGACAGGACGGGUUAACAACAGCCGCAUUUACGAGAAGAUUGAAGGGCUGUGCACGAAUGUGCUAGCUUUCGUUCGGGAGUAACUCAUGAUCAUGAAGAAUCUCCCAAUGACUGGCAUCUAUGAGUUGUUGCACGAGUCUACGACAUCAUAGGUGGGGGCACCAUGGAGGUUUCCUUGAAAGCCACAGGAGAGAGCAAUCUUUCACGCGAGAUUGUGGGCUCUCUAUACUACAUGCAGCAAAUUAUUGGCUUGUAUGUUCAUGACAGCGUUGGCUACAGAUUGGAAACAUUCUAUUGCUUUCCUGUGGCAACAAAUGCUAGGUAGAAGUCUGGCAUACUUCUAACUGGUGAUGGUCACUUGCAUGGUCUGUGAACUUCUGCCACUCGGCGUACAUUCCUCGCAAUAAGUUUUCCCCCCCUUCCUGUUUUGAAGUCUUAUGAUGCAGUUUCUACUUUGAAUUGCUGCAGCACGUUUUUGUCCAGCAUCUGUUCCCAGGGAUGCAAGAGGGGCUUUGCCUAGGAAUGGAAAUCCUUUCUAGUCUAACAUUUUUAUCAAAGUUUGAAAGAUUUUGCAUGUUUAUAAACACAGUGUGGAAGGGUAGGAAGGUGGUCAACAAUCAACAUGUGAUGACGUUCAUGCUGCCAUGCGCAGUUCUCUUUUUAGUGAGAAUUUUUUACUUUUCUCAUUUUAUGGUUGUUCUUGUUAAAAGUAGGCACAGCUUGAAUUACUCGUGACACUUGUGAUUUCUAUGUAGGUAAGAAAUUAUACAACGGGGCACCGCUGCACGUUUACAGAUUUUUACGGUGGCACUUGUCAGCAGUUUCAUCUCUGACAAGGUCUGCAAGCUAAUUUAGCCUGGAUGACAAGCAUGUUACAAGACCAAUACUUGAAAAUUCUUGUAGACCAUUAAAUUUUCAGUCAUGGGGUGCUGCUAUCUGGAAAAUGCUCUCAUAGGCUAGUAAUGCAAAUAUCUUUGUACUGUUUGGACAGUACAACUACACUGGAUUAUCUGCCUGAAGCUUGAAAUGCCUGUACGGCUUGUUUUAUACAGAUUGGCCGUAACACUGCAUUGCUCAGUUGGAAAGCCCCUGUAGUAAUGACCCAAGGUGUCAAUGCAUGCCAUAGCUGUUAAAAGCUAUCUACUGAAGGCAGCAGCUGCUUGAUGAAAUAAUCUUUCCUUCGUCAAACAGGACACAGCACUGAAAAAAUUUUUACUUUUUAGCCUAAAUGCAGGCCAAAGGGUUAAUUACACCUUAAGAAUGACUUCACACACUUAAGGAGGGUGUGGAAUGCUACAGAAUGCAAUGAGCAUCUUGUACCAUUCCUGUUGGUGCAGGCACGCUAUGCAGGUACACAGAUUUAAGAAAAAGAAAUGCACAUGGGAAUGACGAGUAUUGUCCAAUAAAAUUACCCUAGCAAGUGUAAAAUCGAGAAGCGUUUGAUGGGGGGCUAGUUGGUAAGACAUUUAGGAAAAUUAUAUCGAUUGUCCUGUCCACUUCGUUCUCGUGUCUCGUUUUAGCGCAGUUAUAAUUUUCCUAAGUGUAAAAUGUACUGGUCGAUUUAGCAUAAAUUCAAUGGUGCUGUUUCCAACAUAGAUUAAUCAUUUCUUUGCAGUGAAGAGUGCUAAAGUCUACUUUAGCCCCCUCACAAUUGCUUGUGUCUGGGUUUUGUUUGUUGCAUAUUUAUUUCGAUGUUAUCAACUUAUUUACCUUCUAUGCUUGCUACUCAUAUGUGCUAAAUACGUCUGAGAACAAAGGACUCAUUUUACCAUGAGGAGACUCAGCUUUGUACAUGCACAAGAAUGACAGCGAAUGGUGCAAGGCUACUUAUUAUGGUUUGGAGGAGCUCUGUCCAACAAGAAAGAUUUGAUUUUUUUUUUUUCCAAAUAAAUGUGGCCAUGAAGGCUUUGCAGAGCAAUUGGCUACCAUUG